AUGAGCAGUCACAACCAUAUAAAGAACAGCGCAAAAGCAAAGAUCUGCAUCCUGGAAGAAGCAUCAAGUUAUGAACUUACAGUGCGGAUCAUAAAAGCUUGGAAUAUCCAUGGGACAGACAUUGUGAGCGAGCCGGAUUGCUACGUCAGUUUGUCUCUUCCAACGGCUUUGACGGAUAAGAAGAGAACCAGGACUGUAUGGAACAGUAGGAAUCCUUUCUGGGAUGAAUCUUUUCACAUCCGAAUCCACAGCCAAGUUAAGCACAUCCUGGAGCUGUCAUUGCAUGAUGAGGACAUAGCAACGGGGGAUGAUCACCUGUUCACAGUGAGCUAUGACCUGGGAAAUGUUCCGCUCAAUGAAACAGUGGUGGAAACCUUCACCUUUAAUACAGAGUUUCAGGAAGAGCUUCAUGUAGAAUUUCAUCUGGUUACCAUUCCUGAAACACAGAAAAGAGUCACAACUAAUGGAGUCUUGGUGUGUCCAGAGAUGGUGUCUCUAGAGGUUGAGGUGGCGAAGCAUAGGAAAGAAGCCUUUAAAAGGAAAACAGAGUUGGCCCUCACUGUAAGAGGCUCUUAUGAAGACACCCACAGAAUAUUAUUAUCUUCCAGCUCACAUGAAACUGUCGUUUUCCAUUAUCCAAGAGAUUGGGGCACGGAAAUGUCAGCCAGCCUGAACAGAGUUUACUCCUCUUUUGAUAUCACCUUCAGUAAUGAAACUGAAAAUGACAGUUUAAGCCAAACCACAGUGCCACUUACUUUAAUAUCUCCCGAGGAGAAAGAGGUUAAUGUCCAGCUACCUGCAAUGGAGGGCAAGCCUUUGGAAAUGCAGAUUAAAUUGAAAGAAUGCCCAGAAAAGCUUGACGUAAGGCUGGGGUUCGAUCUGUGUGAUAAAGAGAAGCUAUUUCUGACCAAAAGGCAACGAGUGGUAGCUGAUGCACUAAAGAAAGUCCUGCAGUUAGAGGGGGACCUGGUGGGUGAAGAGAUUCCGGUUGUGGCUGUCAUGGCAACAGGCGGAGGAGCGCGUGCUAUGUCCUGUUUGUACAGCCAUCUGUACGGCCUCCAGAGGAUGGGUCUGCUGGACUGUGUCUCAUACAUCGCAGGCGCCUCUGGUUCUACAUGGACCAUGAGCAAGCUUUAUGAGGAUCCAGAGUGGUCACAGAUCCAGAUAUCUGAGUCAAUAAAGACAGCUAAGGAUCAUGUGACGAGGACGAAAAUGAGCACUUUUUCAAUGGAGAGGAUGAAAUACUAUCGCAGGGAGCUCCAACAGGCAUCUACAGAUGGUCAGAAAACCUCAUUCACCGACCUCUGGGGGCUGAUGAUUGAAUCCAUGUUCCAUGAUGGGAGAAACGAGAGCAAGCUUUCCGAUCAACAAGCGGCCUUGGAAAAGGGGCAGAAUCCGUUACCCAUUUACCUUGCUAUGAAUGUUAAACAGAACACUAUCAGCACCCUGGAUUUCAAAGAGUGGUGUGAGUUUACCCCAUAUGAAGUAGGACUCAUGAAAUACGGUGCUUUCAUCCGGACAGAGGACUUUGGAAGUGAAUUCUACAUGGGAAGAUUGAUGAAAAAACACCCAGAGCCUCGUAUUUGCUAUCUGCAAGGUUUAUGGGGAAAUGUCUUCUCCUUGAAUUUAGUGGACACCUGGUAUCUUACUACACAACUGGACACCUUCUGGGACACUUGGGUCAAAGACAGAAUUAAGGAUAUUGACAAAGAGGAUAUCCGGCUGAGAAGGGAAUCUGCUCACACGAAAACUCGCUUGUUCACCCCAGCUGGCACCUUUAGUCGCAUUUUGAAGGGGGUAUUAACCAACAGACCGAUAGAUGGGGAGCAGCAUAAUUUCCUGCGGGGACUUCACUUACACAAAGAUUAUCAUAAACACUCCCAGUAUUCCACAUGGAAAGAUACCAAUUUGGAUAUCUUCCCUAAUAAGCUCACUACACUUGCGGAAAAUCUGUGCCUUGUAGAUGCCGGAUAUUUCAUUAAUGCCAGCUUCCCUCCAUUACUCAGGCCGGAGAGGAAAGUGGACAUCAUUAUAUCUUUUGAUUAUACUCUAGACACACCACUUCUGAGCGUGGAGCAGACCUGCACUUACUGUACAACACAAGGCAUCGGAUUCCCAAAAGUAUCGCUGAGUGAUGAGGAGAGACAGAAACACAAAGAGUGCUAUAUUUUUAAUGAUGAAGACAACCCUAAUGCUCCCAUAGUGCUUCACUUCCCUCUGGUGAACGACACCUUCAAAGAAUUUAAAGAGCCAGGGGUGUUGCGAUCUCCGCAAGAGCUGUCAGAUGGGAAUGUGGAAGUUACGGGAAAAUGGUCCCCCUAUUAUCUGACAAACUUUACUUACAGUGAUGGUGACUUUGAUAGGCUGAUGAAGCUCACACAGUACAAUCUCCUGAACAACAAGCAGCGGGUUAUAGAUGCGCUGCAGACUACUCUAAGGAGGAGGAAAGCUAGGAACCUUUUAAGUCAAAUGUACCAAGCUCAUACUAAACAAUAGGCAUAAUUACUGGGUACUAGAGUAUCAAACAUCAGCAACUUAACGCAGCAGCUGGUGAGCGUUUACCAGGCAUGUGGUGAAAGAUACAUAUUUAAAUUGUGCACAAAAUAUCUAUUUAUAUGAACACUUGUUGUCUCAAACUGACCAUGGUCCCUCGGAAUUCAUUUUUGUCUAAGAACUUCACAGUUCUGCUCAUCUAAAAGCAAUUAAGUUUUGUAAAGUACAAAAGAGCACUUUGUCUGAAUCAGCCAACACCAUGCAUAAUGUGACGCAAAUCACCAAUAAUUAUAUACUGUAAGACGGAGGUUCUCAAACGCAGUCCUCAAGGCACCCCAACCGUCCAUGUUUAAAAUAUAUCCAUAGCUCAGCACAGAUGGUUACAUCAAAUUGACUGAUGUACUAAUUAAGUCACCUGUGGUCAAGCAUGGGUAUACUUAAAACCUGUACUGUUGGAGUGCCUUGAGGACCGCAUUUGAGAACCUCUGCUGUAAGAGGUUGCUUGAUCAUUCCUGUAUUCAGGACAUUUCACAUUUACAGAAGAGCAAAAGGCAUUUGAGAGCUAAUGUUGCUGUGGAGCCUAUUUAUUAAAUCAUAUUUGUGGAGACCUACAAAUAUUAAGUAUCCCUAGGAUGUUUGUACGGAGAACCACAGCAGAUCUCUUGGAUUCCCCUUUCUCGAUUGCAAAAGCAGCCCCCUUAUGUUUCUAUGGGAGCUGCUACAAUUAUACAUUUGCUAAGCUCUGGAAUGCUUUGCUUGGCCCUGAUAGCUAAUGCAAUCUACAGACAGCCCAGAUUUAUCACUGGAGGCAUCCGCUUGCUCAUGUGCCGACGGACACAUGUAUAGUAGUGCAGCUGGAGCAUGUGUAAUCACUUGCCUGAUGCAUUCCUGCCUAGUGGACAUGAGCAAGUAUUGUACUCUACUAAGCACUAUGUGUACUUGCAAAUUAUUUAAUUUCAACAGGGUCAUGCUCUGGAGGUGCAUUGCUGAUCUUUGGGAAUUGCAUGCUCAAGAAGUUGUUCCCAGGGGCUGCAGCAUUAUUGAUCUACAACCCUAUACAUAUGUUGUUUAAUAAUGUUAGCCAGCUGAAUAAGUCUCUAAUAAGGGAGUGGGGUGUGACCCUGCAGACCAUUUAGAAGCUAUAAGCUUUCCGAUAGCAACUUCCUAUUGGUCUACAGUAUCCCCCAUUUUUGGGGCUGAAUUAAAUUAGCCAUGAACUAGGUCCCUGUGUUAAUAAGUUGCGGCUGUGAUGUUUUGAUAUUCAUUUAGAAAUUAGCAUUAAGUUAUGCAGGUAUCAGUAGGCAUUAACGUGUAUUUUAGUUUGAUUAUAACGAUUUCUCCUACUUUUAACCUGGUUUGGAGAGCAAACUGCAAUCAAUGUCAUGACAGUCAACCAUAGUGUUGUAGACAUGGUGGGAAUUCAAUUGUUUAUGGUGCCUGCAGCCACUAGAUGGCGCCCGAUGGAGCGAUUCAAUUUCCUAGAGGUGGCGAGCUGAAUUGAGCAAUAAGUGGCCAGUUUGGGCACCCAACUGGCACUUUUUGCGUCUUGCCCAGCAUUUUUGUCGGGUUUAGCUGUUUUAUGUGGCUAAGUACGGUCUGUAUGGGCGCGACAAGCGCAAAAAAGAACAAGUUGAAUUGUGCCCCGCAAUUUCUUGUCACUUUAGAUGGGAGCUCGGGCGCAUCUAGCUUCACACAAACAAUUGAGUUCCUCCUAUGAUGUCACAUACAAAACAUUUCUAAAUGUAAUCCCUGUAGACUGGCAUGGACGUAAUCUGAACUACAAGGAUAAAUACAAAGGGUACGGAGAGGAUUCUGAGUCAGUCGCAUUAGCGGCACAUUUCUAUAAGCCACUGCGGCCUGCGUACUAGGUAAUGCUAAUAUGAGAAAAAGCCUUUGUAUAUACUAAAGCUCUACGUGACUGCAUGCAGUCGUUAAUUGUGCAGUCGUUAAUUUCAUUGGCUCAGUAUUGGCGCGGUAUGCUGGAAUCCGUGAACCGUGCCUGUACCUGCGGAUUCAUCCCACUCAGAAUCAGGUCCUAUUUAUUUAUAUAUAUAUGUUUUAUUUUUUUUAUAUUUAACAAAUUAUAAAAAAAAAAAAAACUUUAAAAGGCGAGAGAUGCUUCACUUAUAGAGAUGCUAGAAAUAUAAUGUGUAAACAACCCUCCAGUCUGUCACACUCACCCUGCAAAUAGAACUGAUUCAUCCCCUCCCAACUAUUUCCAAAGAGUGCAGUUUUGUUGAUACUGAAUUAGUAAAUGUAAUUCUUAAGUUAAACUAUAAUGGUGGUGAUUAAAACAACAAAAAUACAAGAAAAAAAAAGAGUGUAAGUAACAUCAAUAACACUUGACUAUCUUGUAUUCUUGAACACUAUUUAUGUGACCUUUUAGUGUGUGUGUGGUCUAGUUUAGGUUUUUUUUUUUCUCAAUAAAUGAUGUAUUUUAUAUUUUAUGAUGUGCCUACAAUGUCUUUAGUGUGUUAUAAAAUAAAUAAUACAGGGAGUCCAAAAAGUCCCUCCGCUGUGACUGCAUUAAGCAAGUCUCCCUGCAGAGAAUGUGUGCUAAGUAAUAUGAUAACAUAAUUGUUUAUAAACACUGUACUUACCGUACACGAAAUAAGCCCUGGUCUUCUGGUAGCUCUGCGAUUCCCACUGUCUUUGCCCCCCCCCUCUGCCUCCCAUGGCUGCAGAGGAGAUCUGCAGACAGAGACAGAACUCACUGCGCAGGGACUUUUUUAACCACCUGUAUAUGUAUUAAUAUUGCACUCUG